AUGCACGCGGGAUGUUACGUUGAGGUGCCGCGGGAAAUUGUGAUGAAACGAGCGGUGAUCAGUGUGAAAUCCAUGGACAAUGCGUGCUUCGCGUGGUCAGUGGUCGCCCCUCUGUACCCCGCAGAAAGAAACGCAAAUCGGGAAUCGUCGUACCCGCAUUACAGUACUGUGCUAAAUUUUGCGGGUAUCGAGUUUCCAGUGAUUUUGAAAGACGUUCUGAAAUUCGAACUAUUGAACGCGGUGUCGAUCAACGUGUACGGCAUCGAGAACAAACAGAUCCUUCCUCUACGACUCACAGGGGACAAGAGGGACAAACACGUGAACGUGCUGUAUCUACAAGAUCCACGCAACGAUGGUGUAGGCCACUUUGCGUGGAUAAAGGAUCUACCUCGCUUAAUGAGCUCACAACUGACAAGAAAGGAGCACAAGAAAUAUUUCUGUGACCGAUGCCUGCAUUACUUCGGCUCGAGCGAGAAAUUGCAGAUCCACAGCCAGGACUGUCAGAAGAUGAAUGACUGCGCCAUCAGCCUUCCGAGCGAGGACGACAGAUGGCUCGCAUUCGACAACUACAACAACAUGGAGCGUGCACCAUUCGUCGUGUACGCCGACCUGGAGUGCGUCCUGCGGAAGACGAAGCCCGAGAAAAAAGACGCAUCGUCGUACGAGUAUCAGCGGCAAGAAGUAUUCAGCAUUGGAUACUACAUGCGAUGCUCGUACGAUGACGCGUUGUCGUCGUAUCAGUUUCGUCGCGACGAAGAUUGCAUAGCACUGUUGCACCCUUGGGUGAAGGAUACAGGUAGGGGAUUCGCCGAGGACCAGGACUCACAAAUAAACCACUCAAUACAAAACAAAACACUUUAA